AUAUAAUAAAAACAUAUUUCAUACUGCAUACAAAUCAAGGUUCACAGAUUAUUGAAUCAGCUAGAAUAAGAGCACUAAAGAGGUUUACCUCUAGCCAAUAACACGCGCCUUUAAAAAUAGCAGAUCGAUUUAAAAUGUAAAACGCGCGAGAUUAUUUUUUUUUGUGAGUGUCAUAAAAAUGGAAGACGUGGAAGGUGGUUCACAUGGGGCAAGAGAAAGACAAUGUUCUAUCAGUCUGUUAUUACGGACUAUUUAUCAUGUUAUUUAUUUUCUCGGAGACAAUGUGGUGGCCUGCUGGGCUCUUAUGAUUUGGUACAAUGUAGGAGUCGAGAACCUGGACCAUUCUGCGAUAUACAACCUUAAAUAUUUUGGACCAGCAUUCUUUACUAACUGGAAUUUUUCGUUUCAAACAAUAUUCCUCGGUCUAUCCCUGCUAUAUGAUUUUCUGGAGUGGGCUGGCAAACACAAUGGUAACCUGGGUACAAAAAUUCGCUACUGGCGUGAUGUCCUGUUCUGUGGGUGUGUGGUGCCCUUCACAUUGUUCGUCUCAUCAAUGUUCUGGACGGUCUACGCCAUUGACCGUGAGCUGGUCUUUCCGAAGAUCUACGAUGAUGUGAUCCCCUGGUGGUUCAACCACUGCGUCCACACUAAUAUCCUGGUGGUGCUCGCGUUAGAGACGCUGCUGCAGCCCAGAACACAACCCACUGAUGAGAAGGUGGAAGUCACAAUAUAUUGGAGCGUGGCUCUUAUGUACGCUGUUGUAUACUACACAAUAUACUUUGCGACACAUCGCUGGUUAUACCAAGUAUUCGGUGUGAUGACAUGGUGGCAGGUCUGCCUUUACCAGCUUUGGAUAUGGGGAUCAUCAUUCGUCUUCUACAAACUGCAAUUCCCAAUCAAUAGACUCAUUCAUGGGGAUGAGAGUAAAGAGGUACCGGAAGCUAAUGGAGAGACGAAAACAGGUGAACAAGUAAUGAGUCCAAAAGAGCAAAGCGGAAAAGUGAUAAUGGAUCUGAAGACUCCACCGUUUUCCACGAGGUCUUGGAGUGUGAAGUUUAGGAGUUUAAGGAGCCAAUUCGAGAGUUCACGACUUUGAUAUUGGAAUACUAUUCAUACGGUGUUCAUGGCAAGUUCUUAAGCCUACGCCUAAUAGUAUUCGAGAAAACUACUCCGCAGCACGAAAACUAAACGAUGUAAACGCAUUGUGUUUUAAAAUCAAAGCGCUGCA